GACGGAAGUAGCAAGCCUGGAAGCUGUCGAGAUUCUUUGUUCUGCAUUUUUUAUUCUACAUCAUAGCCUACCCGCACCCAAACAUCUAAGGGCCCAGGACCCCGUGAUAACCUCCAUACCGCCUCCGCCUGGGACCACAGCGCUGCUGUUUGUUCUCGUUUUGUGCUCAUCCAUGCCCCUAUCCGCCAUCGCCUAUCUCCUCUCAUACAACCUCGUGCACCACUCCCCACUUUUCCAUGGCCAAAGCAGGCUCCUCUACGCAGACGGGGGAAUCGUUCGCUGUCCCGCAACCAGCGAACCAAACCUCUGCCUCUAUCGAUCCGCUCUCAGGGAUCUUGCGCUCCAUCUGGGACGUCCCUGCCGUCGCUCUCGUUGCGAAUCCUCCUAUCGGCUCUGCACCACACAAAGGCAAAGCUCCCGCAGCCCCUCCCCCCUCGCAAACUUCUGUCCCCGACGUGUACCCCUCUGAUAUCGGACAUCCCGCGAAUGAUAUUUUCGGAGGCCCUCUGCGGUUGGUCCCGUUCAACCUUUCAAAACCCCAACGCUACCCCCACGGAUUCAGGAUCAACCCAUACAGCGAUGUCGGCCAUCGUAUGAUGGGUUCAUUCUUUACCGAAUGCUAUCCCAGGAUCCCAGAUGAACAUAAAUUCCAAUACAACCAUCUUCUCCGCUAUCUCGGUAAAUUCUAUGGUGAUCCCGAGGAUGUUGAAUAUAAAACUAGCUGGGAAACAAAUGUCAACUUUCACAGCAAUCGUUUCUAUAUCCCGCUGGGAAAGGGAAAGAAGUUUACGGAUUUGGAAAUUGUGAGAGCUGUCAGAGAACAUGACCCCGAAUUAUUGAAAGGUACAUCCCAGGGUACAUCCGAGGUUACAUCCGAGGUUACAUCCCAGAUGUCAACAAAGUUUGGCGGCAUCAAGCCAGAUGUCUGUCUAACAGGGUAUCACAUUGGAACAUUGGCGGAAGGGACGUAUCGACAAAAGCCCGAGGGCGGCAGGAAGUUCAGAGAAAGCGAUCGCCCCAAAAGAGUCCUCUACGCUCUCGUCGAGAACAAGUGGCUACCUUGGCCGCGAGCGAGACAUAUCGAUCUACAGGGGAAAAUUGAUCUACACCUCGACAGCCUCCAAUUCGCAAACGUGGAGGCUAUCGCUCAGACAACCUACUACAGCCUACUUGCUUAUGACCUCUCAAAGUGUCGUUCAGCUAUGGCAUUGGUCAACGGGGAUUUCACUCGUAUCCUGAACCUGUCUCAUCUGGGGCCAGAAGGAAAAGAGGUAGUUUUGGGAGGCGUGACUCGGGGAGGAGACGGUGGCCGGAGAAUCUUGGUUGAAGCCGAUCCAGCUCUUGUCACCGAGUUGAGGCGCCGCGGCCUUCAUUGCGUGUCUCCAGAGCGAUUUGGCGUACUCGCGGCAGGAGAUCCUUUGUUUGGUAUGCAGUGGAAAGCACCGAAUUCCCUCAUCGCAGAUUUUGAGGAUUGGACUUUGGAUCGAGAGGCUAAGGAGCGCCUUGAUGCCACUGUAUAUCUCAACCUUGCCCUUGCUACCCAUCAUCCGGAGACCGUCUCAGAUCCUCCCAUCGACAACCAUUCCCUCGCGCACGUCAUCGAUGCGAACACCUCCGAGAAAGUGGCAUAUCAGUGGCUCGAUGUCAGCGAGAAGAUGAGAGGACGCCGAGAGGAGGAGGAUGAAGAGGAUGAGGAUGAAGAGGAUGAGGAUGAAGAGGAGGAGGAUGAGGAUGAAGAGGAGGAGGAGGAGGAGGAUGAAGAGGAGAAAGACGACCACGAAGGGAAUGAGGAGAACGACAAACAGGGUGGCAAUAGGCGAGAUGAGGACAAUGGGAAUCCUGAUGUUAAAACUGGUGGUCCCGGUGGUGGUGCUCCUGGUCCUGGCGGCAGCCGGUCCCUUCGAACGAGAACCAGGAGCGAUCACCAUCAGGAGUUGUCUAGACCGACCGAGUACUUGCCCCCCACUCCUGAAUCACUCAUUGCAACUCCACCACCCUCGCCGUCUUCGUUUUCGACAAUAUCCUCACGAUUCGAAAUUGAACACCCCGUCAGUGUAGAGGAAUGGUGUUCGUCUGUCAAACAACAGGCUUCUACCGACCGUACCUUCGUUAACACGGCCCUCCCUGAUAAGCCUAUCAUCUACACCGCUGCCGAGAAAGUCCUUCCUUUUGGAUACUGGACUCACGCCGAGUACCUCGACUAAUUCUCGGGGCUUGGGGUCAGCUUCGUGCUGGUCACGCCCCUCGAGGUGGACGUGUUGCUCGCGCG